CCCGACCGAAGGAAGGCCUUUAUUCUCUACGAUAGAAUACGUAAAGCUAGUACCUAUCUAAGAUAUAAGAACUCGAUAGAAUUUAACUUUCCUUAUACUUCGUCGGAUAAAAUAUCUACGUACUAUCUUUACGUCCUUUUAUACAGAGAGGCGAAGCUUCUUAAGAAGUUCUUCUCCUAUAAGGAAAUAGAAGCUACGAAGAAGGAGAAGGAUAAAAAGCUUAACGAGGUUAAGAUAGACCUAAUUAGUAAUACUAAGAAGUAG